UACUAAAGUCCAAUAAAACUUUCUCAAUCGCCACGCCUACUCGCUUCGGACUCGAGUUCAGUCAGCUAACGAAAAGACGGACAUACACUCAUGAACAUGGCUGGUCUGCCUGUGUUGAUCGGUAAAGAAGAUGUUGCACGACUCCUCCGUUAUAAAGACUUGCUUCCAAAACUGGAGGUUGCUCUUGGACAGUUUUCCAAACAUGACAUCUCUGAGGUGAUCCAACCAGUCCGGACUGUGGUCCCUUUAACAAAACACAACGGAUUCCUAGGAUUAAUGCCGGCAUAUAUGGUUCACGAAGAUAUUUUAUGCACAAAAAUGGUGGCGUUCUAUAACCGAGAACAGGGCUCAACUUUACCCUCUACCCAGGCCACGGUGUUGUUGUUUGAUCCCGAAAGUGGUUGUGUUUUAGCGGUAAUGGAUGGGGAGGUAAUAACUGCUAUGAGGACAGCUGCAGCAUCAGCCAUUUCUGCUAAAUUUUCCAUGCCAGUCCAAUCAGAGGUGCUGUGUAUCCUGGGCUCAGGCCACCAAGCUGUCAGCCACUAUGACGUCUUCACAGAAGCAUUUGCUUUUAAACAGGUGCGUGUGUGGAGCCAGAGGAAGGAGAGUGCAGAGAGCUUUGCUAGUGCAGUCCAGGGUGCUGUGACAGUCUGCUCCUCUGCAAAAGAGGCGGUGGAGGGGGCCGAUGUCAUAAUCACAGUCACUGGUGCCAGCCAGCCUGUCUUGUUCGGGGAGUGGGUCAAGCCUGGUGCCCAUGUCGCUGCGGUGGGUGCCUGCAGCCCUGGUUGGAGGGAGCUGGACGACGUGUUGAUGAAGAAGGCCGUGGUGUAUGCAGACAGCCGAGAGGGAGCGAUGAAGGAAUCCGGAGACAUCAUCCUCUCUGGGGCCCAAGUAUUUGCUGAGAUUGGGGAGGUCAUCAACGGAACAGCACCAGGCCACCGUGAGAAGACCACAGUGUACAAGUCUCUGGGGAUGGGGAUUCAGGACGCGGUGUCUGCCAAGCUGGUGUAUGACCAAUGGAAGAGUCAGGGGGGGGACCCUGGCGUCACUCAUCAGUGAAAAAAUCACCACUAUAGGUGUUUUUUUGGAGUCCAUUCCUUUCAGUAAUUUUGCCAUAGAUCUCUGAAGUUCGCCAAAAAAAAGCUACAAUCUUUGCCCGUAUCUAGACACUUUUGCCCUCUGCCUUCUAGUGGACACUGUGACCUUCGGUACGUCAAGAUGGCAAACUUUGAUUUUUUUGCUACCUACCCUAGAACUGACUUGCAAUACAAGAUAGGUAGUUAGCUUCAAUUCUUAUAUGGUCAAAGAUGGCAGCUUAGGUUCCUUUUUGUAGGUGAACUUCAGAGGUCUAUGGGACAUCCAUCAGAAAGCACUGCUUUUCUAUUGGCGUUUUGGAAUGUGUGGGUCUGUGCAUCGCCUUACUAUGGUCACCCGACCAAGACACACAUACAGCCCAGACAGGUAAACUGCACUGUUGGUAGCCAUCUCUGUUUGUACUUGCUCUCAGCAAUCCAAUUAAAACGGUUAAUGCCUGUGA